AUGGUACAGAAACAUAUCGUUGCACACAACGUUGCAGCAUGGGGAGCAUAUAAACCUCUCAGUGCCUUUGUCGUACGCGUCGCCGAAAGGCGAGAAGAUGUGAUUUUUACCAUCUUGAUCACUGGGGGAGUGAUAUACAAAAAGUUCAUGCGUGAACUAGCUAAGCUCACAAUUUCUCGGCUGGAAGCAAUACGUUCACGCAUCAAUGUCAUUGACCUCAACGGACAAGACGUGAACCCACUCAUUCCCCUCGCUGAAUUUGCACCGGCUUUCGAAGCGCUUUAUUCUUCUAAACCUCUAAUUUGCAAAACAACGAACUUAAUUAUACACGGCCUUCCCCCACCAACUGUUGCUCUUAUUGAUCCUUUUGCGGGUUAUGCUGUCGAUGCGAUACAGGCUAUAGCAGGAUCAAAAUGUUCGAUUUUUUCAUGGAUGACUGCCCCUGCGGGAGCUACUCUGCGACUGUUUGGCCCAGAAAAGUAUGGCGGAGUUGGAGAUCUGUCACCCAAAGCUGAAGCCGAGAUGGACCUGAGCGGAAAGAGGUAUGCUGAAGUAGCGAAGGAGAUAUACGACGGUUUCUCGUCGGGCGAGAUAGUACGUAUACCCGGAAUACCUGCGAUGUAUGACUACGAGUGGACUCCACAAGAGGUAAACUUGUCAGAUCAGACCUUUUUCAUAACAGCGCAGAAAUACAUGAGGAUGACGGAUGGAACAUUUUGUGUGUCUUCCUCUAUCUACGAACCGGAGGCCAUGAAUGCCGCGAAAGAGUGGCUCAAUUCCAUCGGGAAAGCUUGGUACUCUGUAGGGCCUCUGUCCCUGUCAGAAUCAAUGCCAAUCACCCAAGCUCAUGACGAGAAGGAGCUACAGGUAAUUUCUUUCUUAGAUCGAAUGCAAUCUGCAUUCGGGGCUCGGUCUGUUUUUUUCAUAUCGUUCGGUACAAUUUUCUGGCCUGCGCAACCUGAAAAGCUCUGGGCGAUCAUCGACGAGCUUAUCGCUCUCCGUAAACCAUUUAUUCUUGCGCAUACCUCUCCGUUAGCACAAAUUUCAGACGAGAAGAAGAAAUUGAUUUUGGACAGUGGAAUUGGUAUGGAAAUGGCGUGGUCUCCGCAAGAGAAAAUACUUUCCCAUCCUGCUACCGGGUGGUUUGUCACUCAUGGUGGCUGGAAUAGCACGCAGGAAGCGUUGGCGCAUCGAGUUCCAGUUAUUUAUUGGCCUUUCGCAGGUGACCAACCUUACAAUGCGGCCAGGACCGUUCAACAUAACGCAGGCUUCGAGUUGAUCGAGGUCAGGACUGGAAAAUUGGGAACAAGAGUCCCAUAUCGGUUCAAAGACAACAGCAGUUCAGAGUAUCCUACAUUCAGUAUUUCUGCAGCGCGAGAAGAAUUCAAAGCAGUGCUUCGAUGCAUUGAAGGGGAAGAAGGACGUACAAUUAGAGCGAACUUUGAGCGUCUUGGCGAAAUGAUGGACAAAACUUGGGAUCAAGGACAUGAGGCCGAAGAGAGUUUGGGGGCUUUUCUCCGGGAUUUUGUGGAUGGAAACGUUGCUCAUUCGAUAGGCUCGAAAGCCUUUGCAUAG